UGAGUUUUUAUUUAUAGAGAGCACAACACGAUUUGUAAUCAAAUAAAACAAGCUAAUCAAAUGCCAAUAAUAAGCUUAUCAAGUGCUUCUUUGCGAUAGCAUUGCGACCGUGUGAAGUUUAUAGUUACAGUUGCAGAUCGUGGCACGCUUUAGUGUCGAAAGAUCGUCCAUGCGGGUGCGUCGCACCACCCAAAUUGCCAAAUAACAAAGGAAAGAAAAACUAAAACCGAUCAAGCAAAAUAUUCUCAUAGAAAACGGAAGUCGUGUGAGAAAAGGAAAUAUGACUUGCCUAUUGGUGGUGGUGGUAGUGGUGGUGCUACUGCUUCAGUUCACUUUCUGUCUUGGCAUUGCGCCACGUGAUGAUGAACUGAUUGUGCGCACGACUUUGGGUCCCAUCCAAGGUAGCACAAUGAAGAGCUUUCGCAACCAGACGAUCUAUGCGUUUCGCGGAAUACCCUAUGCUCAGCCGCCAGUGGGUGAGCUGCGAUUUCUGCCGCCCCGACCAAUUCAGGCCUGGGGAGAUACCACAUUGAAGGCCACCUCCGACUCGCUGAUAUGUCCCCAGACGGGCGUCAAGCUGCUGAUGAGCGAGGACUGUCUUAAGCUGAAUGUUUUUACCAAGACUCUAAAUGACAGUCUGUCAGUGAUUGUGUAUAUACACGGUGGUGCCAAUGUCCUGGGCAGCGGUCAUAGCAAAUACGAGGCUGGACCUGAGUAUCUGCUGGAUCACGAUGUUGUCAUGGUGGCUUUCAACUAUCGGCUGGGCGCCUUGGGCUUCCUGGGAGGCAGCAAUAAUGCCUAUUUGGAUCAGGUCAUGGCACUGGAGUGGGUGCAAUCGCACAUAUCCCACUUUGGAGGCGAUCCGGACAGGGUUACGAUACUGGGCUUGAGUGCAGGCGCCAUGGCUGUCAGCUUACAUUUGGCCUCGCCUUUGUCCACUGGACUGUUCCAUGGUGCCAUCCUUAUGAGCGGCUCGGCAACGAAUCACUACAGCAUACACAACCAAUUCUGGACACGUAUCUUGGCCAGACAGUUGAGCUGUCCCAUGUACGAUGAGUUCGACAUGAUCGAAUGCCUACGCAAAGUCAGUUGGCAGCGCAUCGUCGACGUCUGUAGUGAUUGGGAACAGUACAAGUUCGUCAACAUGAAGUGGAACUACGAAGUCGAUGGAUAUUUCUUGCCCAUGCAUCCCAGUGCUCUGAUAGCCAGCGGCAGAUUUAACCGGGUGCCGCUGAUGGUCAGCUACACCGCCAACGAGCUGGACUUUACCACCAUAGGACAUCUGGACAAUAAACUGCUGCUGCACGACAUCAUUACGCACUUCAAUGAGUAUGCGCCGGAGCUUUUCCUGUUUGACUAUAAUGUAAGAAGGAGCACGCGCCUGAAGGAUUUCUAUCUGGGUCCCGAUGUCGAGGAGCUGAACGCCACGAAUAUUGAGAGGUUUGGACAGAUCUUCUCCGAUGGCAUUAUAGGCCACGGUGUCUAUAGACUUGUACAGAUAGCACGCAGCCACACCAAUGUCUACUACAUGCGCAUGGAUUACGUUGGACAGAGAAGUGUCUCGGCGCCGCUGGAUAAUGACAAUAUGCCAACUGGAGUGGGGCAUGCGGAUGACUGGCAGUAUGUGAUGCCUAGCUUGUGGUAUGGCUCAAUCUUCAGUCCCAAUCAUACGGAUCUGUUCAUGAUGGAGCGCCUGACCAGUUGGAUAACUCAUUUUGCACGUACGGGUGAGCCCCUGGACAACUCUCUCAUAUAUUGGCCACCCUGCAAUGAGACAGAGAUGCAGAUGUUAUACAAUGACAAUGUCACUAAGUUAGGUCCACCCGAUUUCAUUGAUCGUUAUAGCCUCUGGGAUGACCUUUUCCCCAUCAGAUAUUCGGAUGGCGCUGCCCGAAGCCAACUUCAGCUCGGCUUUGUCGUCGGUGUGGCCCUGCUCGUCGGGCUGUUCCCUCAAUUAAUGUAGCCAUUAGGUGUGGAAAAAGCUUAUCAAUAGGCAGUUUAGAUUACGCUAAUGACGUCGCUUACUCGCUGCAGCUAUUUACUUUGAUUAAUUAAUCAACAAAGGCGUGAGAUUUUCAAUGUUUUUCCGAAGAUUGUGAGAGUGUUUGUAUGCCUAUGCGUGUGUAUUUGUUGGUGUUGGAUUGUGGAGCUUGUUUUGGCCGAGGCCUUUGGGCAAUUAGUCUACAAGGCAGCUUAAAUAUACAUUAAUUUGUCUUUAAACGAUUCUCUGUUGGGCUGAGGAGACGCCCUUUGACCUUUUGUCGGGCAUCGUAAUUGUGUGAUAAUUUUUUUUUGGUAUUAACAGGUUCGCACAGUGCCACGCCCCACACACUGCUUCCUUCAGCCCCCAAAGCAGCGCCGCUUGCAGUCGCGACGGCCGCUGCUAUUGACAUUCGAGAUUGGCAGCAUUUAAGAGAUUUUCUCGUGCGUGAAAAAUCUCCGACAUAUGCGAGCUCCGGCAAAGGAUUAUCGCCAGCAAUUUAAAUGGAGAGGGCUGCAAACCAUUGCUGGACAAGGGUUUGCUGUAAUGUUUGCACUCUUAUCUCGAUUGCGAGUUGGUACACAUAAUUGUCUACAAGUUGAUACAAUGAGCUCAGAGAAAGUUGUAUACGAAAUGCGAAACAAUAUGAUUGUCGUAUAUUUGUAAGCUAUGAAAUAUUGAUUAAAUUAAAUACAGAUAAAUUG